AUGGCAUCGUAUAUAGCGCCAUAUUUGUGUAUCCAUAGCAAUGAUAAGGUUGUGUUGGCGCUAUCAGCAUCGCUACUUCGUAUUGGAAUAUCAUCGGAAGAGUCACGUGACAGUACUUCGGGACGACUCGACAGAUUCCGACCUGUAGUCGCAGCUGUGUCAUCCUCCACAGUCAUACCUCUCUCUCCUCGCUCGCAAGGGGGCAUAACUCCUCCAAUUCAGGGCCGCAGCAUCGACACCUCAAUGCUUUUACUACAACCUCAGGCGUCCUACAGUACGGCUACAUCCGGGUUUUCAAGUGACCUUGGGUCAACCUUUACGACAUGUAGUACACAGCCCGCCAUGUCUGCCGAGAUAGGAAUAUUUCCGACGAGUUUUCCCAUGGCCGACUACUCGUCGGAUACUGGGUUCUCUCUGGCCGACAGUGGGGUUGACACGGGGUUCCACGGGGGCUUCGACGCGCAGCCGCAGAGUUUCGCAACAACGAGUCACAGUCAAAGCUACCCUGAAUCUUACAGCUAUGAGGGUACUUUUAUGUUCGAGAAGGACAGUGGACUCGGAAAACAAUUCAAUGUGUUUACGGAUUCCACACCAACAACUAGUACGGUAGAGAGUCAACCACAGCAUCAGAUACAGAAAUACACGGAACCAAUUAUGGCAUACGAAGGAAGCUUUCAGACUUUCCCUGCACCAGAUUGUGGGUUUUUCCAACAGCGACUCAGCAGCGAAAGUCAAAAACCUUUCCAAAAACAUUGCAACUAUACCCCACCCCAUGACCUGUAUCUAUCUCCUCAAACUACGGGGUUCACAGAUAUGGACCAAAAACAGCCCACCUUCUCUUCGCCCCAGACAUUCAGUGAAAACUCAGGUUCAUAUGUUCGUGAAAGUAGUGGCUUCCAAGGGUACAAUCCAAACUUUUACGGCAACAGAACAUUACCUCAUUCUGAAAGUUGUUAUAAUAUGAGUGAAAGACCGCCUGUUGGUGGACCAGCCUAUCAGGGGGAGAUAAAUGUACAUUCCGGACGUCCCCAAUUCUCACGUCGACCCGCCUUGACCAUCGCGAUGCCAUCACGAGCCACAGAAAGUGGAGAGCUACAGAAAUACCAUAUCCAGUCUCCGACAACACCCUCCACUCCCAGUUCUACAAGGUCCUCCCCAGGGAGGGAGCAACCGCAGAAAGAGGCCCUUAUGUGUGCAGUUUGCGGAGACAAUGCUGUUUGUCAGCAUUACGGUGUCAGAACUUGUGAAGGAUGCAAGGGGUUCUUCAAGAGAACAGUACAGAAGAAUGCUAAGUACGUUUGUCUGGCCGAUAAGAGCUGUCCUGUUGACAAACGUCGGCGGAACAGAUGUCAAUUCUGUCGAUUUCAGAAGUGUCUAGCAGUUGGCAUGGUCAAAGAAGUUGUGCGAACAGAUAAUUUAAAGGGUCGUCGCGGAAGGUUACCGUCAAAGCCAAAGAGUCCACAAGAGUCUCCCCCAUCACCACCCGUCAGCCUCAUCACCUCUUUAGUCCGCGCGCACGUCGACACAAGUCCGGAUAUUCCAAACUUGGAUUACUCACGAUUCAAAGUGCCUUCUCCAGAGGAUAGUCCCCGAACCACAGAUGAAUGUAUACGCCUCUUUUAUGACAUCCUCCUUUCUUGCAUUGACGUUAUCAGAACAUGGGCAGAACGCAUACCUGGUUUUGGUGAUCUUUCUAAAGAUGAUCAGGAACUUCUUUUCCAAUCAGCAUCACUUGAACUCUUCGUAUUACGUAUAGCAUACAGAGUACAACCCAAUGACGAUAAGAUUAUAUUUGAGAACGGUCUGGUUUUACAUAGAUUACAGUGUUCGUCUAUGUUUGGAGACUGGAUUGAUUCCAUUAUCGACUUUGGCCUCUCACUACAUCGGAACACACUUGAUAUUUCAUCGUUAGCAUGCAUGUCCGCACUGGCAUUGGUCACCUUACGUCACGGGCUACAGGAUCCCCAGAAAAUGGAAGAACUACAAAUGAAAAUCAUCGACUGUCUCCGAGACCAUUGCACUUAUAACAGUGAAGCUCAGAGGAAACCUCAUUUCUUCUCUCUCAUUCUUGGAAAGGUUGCUGAACUCCGUUCUCUCAGCAGAGAAGGGCUUCAAAGGAUGUUUCACUUCAAACUAGACAAAGUGUUUCAGGCGCCAGCACAGAUCGAAUCUCUAUACCUGUCCGGCUCGCUCCCUUUCUAGAAGUUUUGUCAUCGCCCUGUUUCAUCUCGUGAUCAUAUUUCAUGAAUAUUAACUAGAUUAUUUUUGUACUACCAGUCUAUCCAUGUGUUGUAAACACACCACCAUUGUUUCACAAACUUAUACGUAGAACACAAAAUCAUGUGACAUACUCAACAGGUUUGUCUAAGUUAUAACUUAUUAGAAAGCCGGAUUCGGAAUUUCAUUUCUAACGAAGAAGAGUUCUAAUUUUUAGGAUUUUUAUGGCUUACCAUUAUUUUCCAGAAAAAGUUAUUUGUACCAAAGAAAUGUAUUCACUUAUUGUUUUGUUGACAACCUUUGAGGUCUGGCAUAAUAUGGUAUCAAUAUUUUUUCUGAAACUUUGCUAUCAAUAAAUUUGAGGUUCUAGCUCAUUUACUUUUUAUGGAGAAACAUGUAUUUAAGAAUAAGAGAACUACGACAGAAAUUGUAUUCAACACCAAUUUAAAAAAAACUAGAACGUUUUUUUUACGUAAGCACCGUGUGAUCUGUUUUCUAAGUAAAUAUGUCUCAAUUUCUAUUUGAACAUUUGUAUUAAAUUAACGGCGUUUGGGUUGUGUUUCUUUCUCUUCUGUUAAGUUAUGGACAAAUAUCACAUCAUUCCUUUUGAUGUUGUCAACGUCAAGAUGUUUUCAAACAUUUUAAUAUUUUUGUUGGAUAUUUUUUUUUGCAAAAUAAAUAUAUAUAUAUAUUGAAUUUGAAUGACCUUAUUAAAAUGCUGUACAUUUCAAGUAUAUAUUAACUGCAACAAAGUAGAACGGUUAUAAGUACGUCUUUAGCUUUAGAUAUUUGCAGGUUUUAUUGCAAAAUAUGUUCUAAAUUAAUUGUAAGAAGAUGAUGUUUUGUGUUUGUAUGACGGAUCGCAUUGUUUUGAUAAUUCUAUUCUGGGUAAACUUGAAAAUUUAUAACUAUUGCAUAAUAAAAAAAACUGGCUUCCUAAAUGAGCAUUACAAAUGAAUCAUAAGAAAAUUAUGACAACAAAUCUAAAAAAGAAAUAAUUUUGAAAUUUAUCUUAUUCGCGAAGAAAAUGAUUAAAUCAAUGAAGAUAUACUAUUAAUCUCAAAUUGAUACUAAUUUACUUUCAAGAUGAUCUAAUUAUACUUUGUUAUUAAAUAGAUAAUAUUUGCAUAAACUUAAUGCUAUGAGAAAUUACUUUUCUACCCAGGUCUUAACCACUUUUCUGAUAGGAAGUAUGUUGAUAUGAAUUUUCAAUUGUAAAAAGAUUUGUUUUGUAUAGUUGUCUGGUGGUAUAAAUUAUACAUCCCUUUGUUGUGAUGUUACGUUAUCUCCCUAUUGACCAUCACUGCCUUACGAUGACAUGCAUAGUCCUCUUAAAAAAAGUAAGAAAAAAAUCAAAAAAAAAAUCUUCAAUAUCGUUUAAUAAUUUAUUUGGAUGUUGAAUUCCGUGAAAAACAUCUUCGAAAACUAGCUUACAUGUUUGUUUUUUUAAUCUUUUUGUUUUAUAAAGCUAAUUACAAAACAAUUCAUGAGGCGAUUUGGAAAAAAACCCACUUAGCUCGUGAAUAAGGUUUAUUAUCGCUGUUUGUGUUAAAGAUAAACAUUUUUCCAACUCAUAAUGAUUAUACUAAACUAAUAAAUCACAUUAUGACUAAUAAGCAAUGAUUAACUUUAAAGAUCCUAAAUGUAAACAGAGGUGCAUGUAGUAUUAUAAAUUUUACAAUUAUAUAUUUUCAUUUUCUUAUUUUAGCAAACAAAUAUUGGCGCAACUCAUACUGAACUGUCUCGCAGCAUAUUACCUAGUCAAGAAUACAUGUAUUAAUAUUUCAAGGUGCAAAAUGAUUUCAUUUUUGAUGUUUUAAGUGAUAUUUGAGAACAAAAGUGUAGCAGAAUUUUCUUAUAUGUCGAUGCCCGUAGUGUUCAGUUAUUUUGAUAUCUAAUGAGACAACCGGUGACCUUAACGUACUAUGUUUUAGAAAUACUUUGUAAGAUUUUUAAAAAAAAAUUCAAAAAAGAAUGAACGAAAGAGGUUAUCCAUGUUGUCUAUCUUGUCUGUAAAAGAAUAGUUUGAUGUUGUGUGAGUGAAAAUGUAAUUUAUAGACCCAGAUAGUGCUAAUGUCAAAAUAUUUUGAUUACAUUUAUUUUGAUGUUUUGAUAAAAAAUAAUUUGUUUCACUGUGCCUACCUGUACUCCCUUAAUGACAGACACGUCUUAUAGCUUUUAGUGCUUGAAAUGUUUAGAGAUUUUUCUUACAAUUUACAGUGCUGACAGGUUGAACUUUCUUUACCAACCCUGACAACUUGUAAUAUUUGAUUAUUGCCAAAAUAUUUAGUUUUUUUACAUUACAAAACAAAAAUAGUAUUUACAUCUCUAUGGAAAGUGCUACAGUUUAUUGAAUCUCCUUUUAUAAAAGAGUUCCUGCUAAAUGUCGGCGAUUGUGAGUUAAGUGUUUUUAAUAUGUAUGACAUGAAAUGUUCAUGUGUACUUUCUUUCCUGGUUUAGGUUGAAUUCAAAUUAUUUCGUGGUUAUAAAUUUUCAUGGUUAGCCCAUGCACCAAUAAUAUACCAAUUUUACAUGUAUAUUCAUGGUUCCAUAACAAUCACGAAAACAAUGGAAGUUUAUACACAGCGUACAUUUCUUGCGAUGCUGUAAAUGGAUAAUAGAUGAAUGUUAAACAAGACAACAAUUACCUACGAAAAUAAACAAUUCCUAUGUCUAAUUGGAAAUUUAGUGUAUGUUAAAAGUGCUUAUUUUCUUAUACAAUGAAUCUAGAUGAUUAAAAAAGAAAACUAUCCCUUGAUUUUUCUAUUAUUUCAUAACAGCUGUUGUGAAGUGGUUUUAAGAUAUAUUCAGAGUAAUUUAUUUCCACGGCGCGUAUCACAAUGUAACCCCUUUAUGUACCUCAACACUUUUCACCAAAAGUCCCUUGGCACUUUUCACGCAAAAUAUUACUACAAUUUAAAUUUCAUAAUUUAUAUUAUAUACACUAAAAACAAAAUGAUGUCAAGGAACCUUUGUAGGACGGUGUAACUGCAGGUUAAAAUGCCUCCAGCUCUUACAACAGACCACCAUUAACAUAUUCCAUGAUAUCAAUACGUCUAAUUAAAUAUUACACUUGAAUAAGAUGCAUUCCAGAAUCUAAAGCACUCUUGAACGAAAACAGCAAAAACUGUAGCAUAAUACUGAUUCGAAAGAUAACGCAAUGGUAUGUUUUCUAUUUUAUAGCCAAAUCUCCUAUAUAUUAUAGUAUAAUGCAAUGUCAGAUUAUAGUAUAUAUUUUUAUUCCAUUCGAUUUGAUAAAUGAAGGAUAUCUAUUUUAAAUAUUUUUGGUAAAAUCUGAUAUGUUUUAAGCCAAAACGUGGGCAUUUACGUCACAUAUUAGUAAACAUAUUUAUACGCGAUAUGUAUAUCUUAUUUUGAUGUUUUCUGUUAAAAUGAUUUUAAUGAUUUCAACUGUUCCAAAACUUGUAAUGCCUGUGAUAGUUGUACUGUAUAUCUGAUGAUUGUUUAUGACGUAGAAUGUUAUGACGUAGUGCCAUCACGUGUCAGAUUUUUUAUCAGAGGUCAUUUUCCGAAAUCCUGUAAAUACUUGUUGAUGAACUGUUGUUCUUAUUGUGUGCGUAUCCAUGGUAACUAUUAUUUCGCACUUUUUGAUAGUACAGUGCACGUGUUUUUUCCACUUUGUUAGAUGUUCCCGGCAGUUUAAGCAAAGCUUAAACAAUGUCAUGUGACCUCUUGUGUCGUCUGCUCAUCAGAUUUGAAUAUGAAAUAAAUGUACAAAAAUGUUA